ACUCUGACGGCACCUGCUCCGUUUGCAGACGAAAGCAGCUGUCAGUGCCAAGCCCCCCACGAGAAGCUGACCAUCGCACAGGCCCGCCGGGGAACGCCAGUUGACAGGCCGGUCAGAGUGUACGCAGACGGGAUAUUCGACCUCUUCCACUCUGGCCAUGCUAGAGCUCUUAUGCAAGCCAAAACUCUAUUCCCAAAUAGCUACUUGUUAGUAGGAGUUUGCAGUGAUGAUUUAACUCAUAAAUUCAAAGGCUUCACUGUGAUGAACGAAACUGAGCGAUACGAAGCCCUCAGACACUGUCGUUACGUGGAUGAGGUCAUCCGAGAUGCACCCUGGACACUGACACCCGAGUUCCUGGAAAAACAUAAGAUUGACUUUGUAGCCCACGACGACAUCCCGUACUCCUCCGCUGGCUCGGAUGAUGUAUACAAACACAUAAAGGAGGCAGGUAUGUUCAUACCAACGCAGAGGACCGAAGGUAUCUCCACAUCGGAUAUCAUCACAAGGAUCGUCCGGGACUACGACGUGUACGCCCGGCGCAACCUCCAACGAGGAUACACCGCCAAAGAGCUGAAUGUUAGUUUUAUAAACGAGAAGAAAUACCGCUUUCAAAACCAAGUGGACAAAAUGAAAGAAAAAGUCAAGAAUGUGGAGGAGAAAUCAAAAGAAUUUGUUUACAAGGUGGAAGAGAAGAGCCAUGACCUCAUUCAGAAAUGGGAAGAAAAGUCCAGGGAAUUUAUUGGCAACUUUUUAGAGCUGUUUGGACCCGACGGAGCCUGG